GCGAGACAAUCGAUAUAAUAGUUUUUUAUAACUCGGUCGAUAUUUUCGUUUUCUUCUUGUUGAAAAGUUACAAAAAAAGGUGUAAAAAUAUUGCAAAAAAAUACAAAUAUUUCAUAAGAAAACAUAAAUUAACAAAUACCAAAAGAUUCAUAACUAUUUUGGAAAUGUGAAAAAUAAAAAUGAAAAGAAAUUAAACCUAAAAAAUAAAAUAAAACAAAAUAUAAAUCAACACGACGUCGUCUACGUCUUAACAGAAAUUUUUUCACAAUAUUUUUGUUCAUUGUGGUGUGUGGUGGUGGUGAAGUGCACGACAUUGAAGUUCCAUAACUGCUGCUGUCUGCUGAUGUCUACUACAACUACUGCUGCUGUACGUCGUCGUCGUCUCCCUGGUGUUUAAAAACAUUUGUCAUUUAAUUGUACAAAAAUAUUUUUAUUAUUGCUGUCAUUUGUUUUUCUUUGUGCUUUUUUGAUGUUUUUUGUUGCUUGCAAAAACACCAAGAAAAAACAACAAACAGACCCUUGUUGGAGACUAAAAGACUGAAGUUCUAAUUUUUCAAUACGCUGGUCGUUUGAUCGACGUCCCCACAAAAAACAAAAAUAAAAAAGUAGUGCAGAAAAGUGAAAAUUUAAAAUAUUAAAUAAAUUCUUCUAAGCAAACAAUUAUUGAUCAUUUCUGUAGUUGAAAACGAGAAAAAAACGAAAACAAUUAAAAAUAAAAUAUAAUAUUUGGCGAGUGUGCUACAGCAAUUAAAAAAUACACAACCAGGAAAAGGAGGAGGUGGUGGUGGAAGAGUAAGUUCUCUACUAUAACUGCUGCUGCUGCUGUCACAUAAUUAAAAAAACAUACAAUUUAAAGAGUAGCUGGUGUUUAAAGAGCCAUGGUAAGCACCAAUCUUGUGGUGCCGGUAGUGUUGUGGGGGCCCUCUGCCCCCACACACUGUGUUUCCAGUGUUUUUCUAUCAGAUGAUCAAACAACUUUAGCAACAGGUUGCUAUGAUGGUCAAAUAUGCCUGUGGCAUGUCGAUCCCACUACAUUGAAAAUGUCACCACGCUGUCUAUUGGUGGGUCAUACAGCACCAGUCCUUUGCUUGGUAAAAGCCUCCAUACUGGCCGAUAAUAAUUUUCUAGUUAGCUCGUCGGAAAGUGAAUGUGAAAUGUGCACGUGGGACUUGACAGAUGGCAAAUGUGCCGAAUCGGUAAAAUUGCCUCAAGUUCAUACACAAAUACAAAGUUAUCACACAGCAAAUAGUAAUGAUGUUAGACUAUUUUGUAUUGGUUACUAUCCGGAAAUCAUGGUAAUGGAUCCAUUUAGUCUGGAGGUUAUUUACAUGUUGAGUUCCAAAGUUAAGCCUGAUUGGAUAUCAGCUUUACAUGUUUUGCGACCUAUGCGUCGCAAAGAUGAUGUCGUUUUGGCCAUAACCACUACGGGUACGGUGAAAGUGUGGACAUUGACCGGUAAUGAGAACAAACAUGCCGAACCCAUUUACGAGAAUGAGUCCAAAGAGAUACGCUGUCUUAAUGCAAUAACCAUGAAUUGUUGCUCUCAAAAUCAGCGAACUGUUUUAAUUGUUUGCACCAAAUACUGGCAAAUUUAUGAUGCUGGCGAUUUUACAGUGCUAUGCUCGGUGAUCGCCCCUACACGAGAACGUUGGCAGGGAGGUGACUUUAUAAGUUCCGAUCGUGUAAUGCUUUGGACAGAUGAGGGCAAGGGUUAUCUAUAUAAAUUACCCGCCAACUGUAUACCCGACAAUAAAGAAUUCCAUUCGAAGAGUGUAGUACGCGACUCUCCCUAUCUGUAUUAUGUGCUACAACAUCCGGGUGACAAAGUUUUGUCCUGUCCUCCAGCAAUGAAACUUUUACGCACUGAUGCUGAGGGUAAACCAGCCACCUAUUAUCUCCUGAGAGGUGAUUCAGAAGGUUUUAUUUCAGUGUGGACAGUUCCUGAUGUUCCUUUGGACAAUAUAAGCAUAUUGCAAGCGAAACAAAUGCCUCCGCGUGUUCUCAAACCCUCCGUUUGUACCUCACUAGUGGAAGCUUGGUCCAUGAUGGAUCCCCCUCCCGUGGGCAUAUUGGACCAGUUGGCCCGUAUCACCGAUCACCCCGUAAAAUUAACUUCCAGCAUUUAUUUACCCCAACAAAGUCGUUUGGUUAUUGGUCGUGAGGAUGGCUCAAUAGUCAUAGUGCCCGCCACACAGACAGUAAUGAUGCAGCUACUUGUAGGUAUUAAGCAAAAUUUUAGCGAUUGGCCUUCACACCAGAUCCUAUAUGGCCACAGGGGUCGUGUUAAUUGUCUGUUGUGCCCCUCAUUGGUGCAUCCACGUUAUGAGAAGUCUUAUUUACUGUCUGGAGGUGUAGAUUUUGCUGUUUGUCUGUGGGAUUUAUAUAGUGGCAGUUUACUGCAUCGCUUCUGUGUACAUGCCGGAGAAAUCACACAACUUUUAGUGCCACCGGAAACUUGCAGCUCACGUAUUCUAAAGUGCAUUUGUUCUGUAGCAUCGGAUCAUUCGGUCACGUUGCUCAGUUUGCAAGAGCGUAAAUGUGUGACAUUGGCCAGUCGUCAUUUGUUCCCAGUGGUAACCAUUAAAUGGCGUCCUUUAGAUGACUUUCUUAUAGUAGGUUGUUCUGAUGGUUCGGUGUAUGUGUGGCAAAUGGAAACUGGUCACUUGGAUCGUGUUUUACACGGCAUGUUGGCCGAAGAAGUAUUAAUGGUAUGCGAUGAACAAGUGGCCGAUGAUACCUCUUGUAGUCCAGCCUCUUCUAAUGCUGAAAUGGGCAUGGCCAAUCCAGCGGUACACUUCUUUCGUGGUCUUAAAUCGCGCAAUAUGAAUGCCAUACGUCAUGCAACCCAACGCGGCAUUACCCAAUGGCAACAGCUCCACGGUCACAAUCAAGGCAACUUUGAUUUUCUUAUGAAACACCGCAGCAAUCCCUUGAUAAUACAAGGACUGCGCACCAACCCAAAAGAUGCUGAAAGUCAUAUACUGUUCUUCGAUAUAGAGGGUUUGAUAUUUGAGCUACACAGCGAAGAAUAUGCACAAAUGACUCCCAGUGAGUUGGAGGCUUUGGGUGUGGUUCUCAACAACCAAAAAGAUAAAACUUUGCACUUGGAGGCUUCCAAGAAAAUCAGCGAUUUCUUUGGUAAGGUCAAAAACAAGGCCGGCGACAUGGAAAAAAUACUAAAGGAUAAAGAUAAACAUGGUUUUGUGCAAAAAUUCAAAGAAAAAACUGAAAUUGUGGAGAAAAAGGUGCAGGCCAAGGUACAGGAGAGUCUACAGAAGGUGGUGGUAGAACCACAAGAACAGGACAGCGAAAAUACAGACUUGAAAAGUAAAAUUGCCUCCAAAAUGGAAGUUACCAAAGUCAUGGAGGUGGCUCAGCUACUCUUAUCUUUGCUGCAUUCCUGGGGUUUGGAUCCUCACCUAGACAAAGUGUGUGAAUCGCAAUUGGGUCUCUUAAGACCAAUGGUGCCCGUCUCAUUUGGCAUACUAUCCAAAGGAGGCUACAUGUCGCUAUUGCUGCCCACUUGGCAGAAUAACUUUGAAAUACCCGAGGGCAUGAAAGUGGUAGCUCCUAGCAGCUCAAAGAAACGUGACAUUCCAGCCGAAUUACUAAGACAAGAAGAACUAACUGCAGUGUUUACUUCACGCUUGCACUGGGAAUUGAGCACCACCCUAACAUCCAAUCAUAUAUUGGCUUUGGUGGCCAUGUCCAACACUUUGCUCUCCAUGAAUUCGGCCUCAUUUUUGCCCGACAGCGAAAGAAGCAAAAAACUAAUGCGUCUGGCUCAGCGCAGUGAUUCUACGCUCACAACCGAAGAACAACAUGAAGACCUAUUGGCUCAUCAUAUAUCGCAAAUAAAACAAGGCUGGAGUCUUUUAUCCACUCAUCAUUGUUUCCUAUUGCCCGAUAAAAUCGAAGCCUUAGAACCAAAGAAAUUCAAACGACCUCAGGUGGAAAUGAUGGCCAAACGCUGGCAACAUCAUUGCAUAGAAAUACGUGAAGCAGCUCAGCAAAUUCUCUUAGGAGAACUCAGACGUAUGGGCAAGCGUGGACGCAAACAGUUGGUUGAAAGCUGGGCUCAAUAUCUACCCAUGUAUACGCACACAGAACCAAUCGCUCAACAGCAUGUGCAAAACACAAAUGGCGCCAAUGGCCAUAAUACUUCUGGUGGUUCAGCUGUAAGUGAAGUCGACAAUGGCGGUGAAGACUAUGAAGAAGAGGAAGAAGAAAUCAUACGCAAGCCGUCCAGUUUAUCCGAAUUGAAGCGAAAACAAACUACAGCCGUUAUACUGUUGGGUGUAAUAGGUGCUGAAUUUGGUCAAGAUAUUAACCAAGAUUCCCCAAGUAGAACUUCGGCCGGUGGUAGUGUGGCAGAACGUCGUAAAUCUUCUGUUGUAGAAGGUUUUGGUAUAGCUAACAAUUUGGCACGUUUAACAUCAAUGGCUUUGGCUCAUCUUCUCUAUGCCCCACCUUCACCAAAGUUGCCUCAAUAUACCCCUCUUCGACGGGCUGCUAUAGAUUUAUUGGGACGCGGUUUUACCGUUUGGGAACCCUAUUUGGAUGUCAGUAAAGUGUUACUGGGACUGUUGGAAUUGGCUUGUGAGGGCAAAUCUGUACCCAAUUUGAACUAUAAACUUCCUUUAACACCACAAGCCGAUGCUUGUCGUACUGCACGACAUGCCUUACGUUUAAUAGCCACUGCUCGUCCAGCCGCCUUUAUAACAACAAUGGCUCGUGAGGUGGCACGUUAUAAUAGUAUGCAACAAAAUCCACAAUCCAUUAAUGUACCACUUACACAAUCUGUCCUCUACAAAGCCAAGGGUGAGAUACUCCAAUGCGUAGAAAUGUUAAUAGAUAAAAUGCAA